AUGCCUAACAUCGUAUCAUUCGGUUCUCCAAGUCAAUCUGACGACGCGAUAGAAGAGGUUUUAGAUGAAGGUGAUAAAACAUUUGCUUCCCUCACUUCAUCAGAUAUCAAAUAUGAUCCUAUACUAUCUUCUCUCGCCAGAGCUCAGAAAGUAGUGGAUAGUCCGAAUACUUCAACUAGACAGAAUGUUUUCAAGGCGAAACCAGCUCCAAAGUUUAGUAGUGAUGUUGGACCGAGAAUGACAAAGAGCGCUGCUUUACGUCAAGGAUUGGAUUGGGAGGCUUUGGAUAAGAAACAUGAGAAAGAGAGGAAAGAAGUGGGUUUUGAGAAUACACCUGGACAUAAAAGAGCUGGAUUGGGUUUGAUGGUCAAAAGUCUAGCAACGCCAAGUUUGACCCCUCGACAAACUAAAGCUUCUCAACUUCGAGCUGGAGGUGAUGUCACUCAGAGUGCAAAGAAAGAUAGAGAAGCUAUCGCAGCUGCUAAUAAGGCGAGGGAUGGAGAGGAAAGACAAAUGAGGAGGAAGAGUAUCGCCCUUCCGUCGAGUUUGAGUGCGCCGUCUAUCGUACCAAGGACGAACAAAGCUGCCGCUUUGAGAACAGGUCAACCAUCCAUGUCCAGUCCUGCUCGUCGACCUCAGUUCCCACUGUCCCCAACUGGAGCGGCGAAUGUCAUCCCUGGCUCGAAUAAUGCAUCUCCUGCUGUAGGACAGAAAAUGCGUCGAGGUAGUUUGACAGGAUUAUCAAGUCUUGGAACGCCUACAAUUAUGCCAAGGAUGAACAAAGCCGCCCUUCUUCGGGCUCCCGUCUCAUCUUCCACUGUACCCACAGUCACAUCUUCCCCCAAUCCACCCGUUCGACCAACACAUAAAAAGACUUCCACGCUCGCUUCUAUUCCUACCAUGGCUACCCCUCCUGCCUCGAGUGGAAAGAAGGUAUCGCCACCAUCGGCAUCUGCAGCGAGCAGUAUAGGUUCAUCCCGUCCUCGUCCUAUGAGCAUGGGACCAGGACCUAGACCGACCAAGGCGAGCUUGCUCCGCGCUGGACUGGGAGCGAAGGUGGCAUGA